UCUAAACCUCUCUUCUUUUAAUAAUUUGCUUAAUUUGUUACGAUGACAAUUAUUUUUCCAUUUUUAGCAAUCCAAAUUUCUUGCUUAUUUCUUCUUUUCUUUUCGGGGGGGCAUGGCUACGCCAUAUCCGAGAUUAGAUCAUGGUGCAGCCAGACACCUCAUCCGGAACCUUGUGAAUACGUCUUGGCUGGUAAACCAAAUUACGGUCCAGUGAAACAUAAACCCGACUUCAUCAAAGCGUUGUUAAAAGUGACCUUAGAACGCGCCAUAGAAGCUCAAUCAAACACACGAGGUCUUGGUGCAAAAUGCCAUAACCAUUUCGAAAAGACUGCAUGGAACGAUUGUCAACAGCUCUACGAAAACACAAUCGAGAGGAUCAACAUGACAAUUGAUCCUACUAAAAAAUGUGACCAUGUUGAGAUGCAAACCUGGCUCAGCACAGCUCUCACGAAUCUCGAAACUUGCAAAGUUGGAUGCCAAGAGCUACAUGUUGGUGACUCCAUGUCCUUGCCACUAAUGAACAAUAAUGUUUCCUCUUUAAUUAGCAAUACUUUGGCAAUGAACAACGACGGAUCAGGAAAUGCGUCACUUAACUACGAGCCUACUUAUUACAAAGGGUUCCCUAGUUGGAUGAAGCCCGGGGACCGGAAGCUAUUACAAUCUUCAGGCUCCUCUGUAAAGGCAGACGUCGUGGUGGCUCAAGACGGUUCAGGUAAUUAUAAGACUGUUGGAGCUGCCUUAGCUGCCGCGAAAUCUGGUGGAGGCCGAAGGUUUGUAAUAUAUGUGAAGGCAGGCACCUACAAUGAAUAUGUUGAGGUAAAAUCGAGCAACAUAAUGAUGAUCGGAGAUGGUAUUGGCAAAACAAUCAUAACCGGUAGUAAAAGUGUUGGAGGUGGUUCUACCUCUUUUGGGUCUGCUACUAUGGGUGUAAAUGGAGACGGAUUCAUAGGCCGUGGUAUCACUGUUAGAAACACCGCAGGGCCAAAAAACCAACAAGCAGUGGCCCUGCGGUGUGGUUCUGAUCUAUCGGUUUUCUACCAAUGCAGCUUUGAAGGGUACCAAGACACGCUCUAUGUUCUCUCAAACCGACAGUUUUAUAAAGAUUGUGAUAUAGAUGGCACUGUCGAUUUCAUAUUUGGAAAUGCAGCCGUUGUACUGCAAAAUUGUAACAUUCGUGCGCGCGACCCUCCCAACAAGACCAACACGUUGACAGCACAAGGUCGAACCGACCCAAACCAAAACACCGGGAUAUCAAUCCAUAAUUCUCGUAUCACGGCUGCAUCAAGCUUAAACGGCGUUAAGACGUAUCUUGGUAGGCCGUGGAAGCAAUAUUCAAGGACGGUUUUUAUGAAAACGUACAUUGACGGCAUUGUAAACCCCGCGGGUUGGUUGCCAUGGAGUGGUAGUUUCGCACUUGAUACGUUAUAUUAUGGAGAGUAUAUGAACACGGGUCCUGGUUCAUCGACCGCGAAUAGGGUUAAAUGGAAAGGCUGCCAUGCGACCAUGGGUGCCGCGGAGGCAUCAAAGUUCACGGUCGGAAAUUUCAUCGCUGGUGGGUCGUGGUUGCCGUCAACCAAUGUUCCCUUCAAUAAUGGCCUUUAAUAAAUUAAACAUGCAUUCAAUACUGUUAAAUACUAGAUGUUAUACUUUGAAUUAGUUCCAUUACUGGCACAUGCUUAAUUAAAGCUCGAAAUUAAAUAAUUGACGGGUAGGAAAGCUAUUUGCCAUUUAUUUUUUAUAUACUAGCUUGUAUUAUGUUUUACAGUAUUUUCUAAGCAUACAUUCAUUAUACAGAUAUAUAUAUAUAUGAAAAUAAUUUGUACCCUUUAA